AUGGCGAACUUUGAAGUGUUGUUUACGAUAACUCUUCUAAUGGUGGUGGGGAGAGAAGGUGUACUUUCCUCCACUGCGUCACGCGAGCUGCAAUGCGGAAAGCGCCUAGUAUCAGGUCUCUUCUCCAGGCCACGACUGCCCCUGGGUUACUCCUACGUAACGACGGUACCCAAUGGGGCAUGUAGACUUAAUGUCUCCGAAAUUGUUUCCAGCGAAAAUUAUAUUGCUUUGAGAGUAUCAAAUGGUUCGUACAUUGUUAACGGAGAAUUCGCUGUUAGUGCCCCGGGCACCUACGAAGCGGCCGGGGCACGUUUUAUAUAUUCCCGUUCUGGUGGACUCGACAAUAUAUUUGCAAUGGGGCCAAUACAUCAAGCCGUCGACAUUAUGGUCCUCUACACACAACCGCAUCCGAACAUAAAAUACGAAUACUUGACAGAUUCAUUGCCCGAUGAAACGAGUAACGAUAUUCCAACCGAAGUCAUCGCGCCACGGCAUCCAGUGCAGAGGCACCAUCGCCAUCACAACGCAGAAUCUCAUACGAGAGAGAAAACGGAUCCCACACUAUCCAAACAUCCAGACUACAACUCGAAUGAAAACCAAAUUCCCGUUGAGAGUAACGUUAUUGGUAACCGAAAGUUUAUGUGGAAGAUUUUAUCAUACACGCAAUGUUCCAGAACGUGUGGUGGGGGGCUGCAAAUCGGUAAAUUCAAAUGCUUGGAGGUAGGAGGAAAGGAAGAUAGGGAAGUUUCCCCAGCACAUUGUACGGGGUCUCCCCCAUCAUCGAGACGCAGGAGAUGCGGCGUGACGCCUUGUCCUCCUCGUUGGAGAGCAGCUGCGUGGGGACCUUGCCCAGUCUGUGGUCCAGCGCAUAAGACGAGGAUUGUAGGUUGUGUACAAGAUCACGCAAGAGGGAUUACCAAGAUAUCUGAUCAAAAAUGUCCAUUACCAAUGCCUCCCAGCAGUGAACCUUGCGAUAUUCCCAAUUGUGAUGGAACAGCAGUACCAAAAGUACCAAAAUUGGAUACAAGGCGUCAAGUGCGAACAAGAGACCACACGGACACCUUCCGAGAAGGACCUAUCAUCUCUCUAGCGAGCAACAUUUCCGACAAUGACGUUAGUCCUACUUUAGGGCCGUCAUAUAGCUUCACUGCGGCCGGUGGCUGGCUUUAUACGGAAUGGUCAGAGUGUGUUGGCUGGUGUGUUGGUGGUGGAGUACAAUCGCGUGGUGUUCGCUGCGCUGAUCCAUCUGGCUGUGCUGCUCAUCGUGCUCCACACUCCUCACAGUCUUGCUCUGCUAGGAGACAAUGUGACGCUCAAUGGUUUACGGGUGAUUGGUCAGUCUGUUCUGCUGCGUGCGGUGGUCGCCAGAUUCGUGCAGUUAUCUGCAUCGGUGGUAAUGGCAGGCGACUUCGUGAUGGUUCAUGUCGGGCUCUAAAGCCUGAGACUGAGCAAGCCUGUGGGGGGACGUGUUCUCCGUCUUGGUACCUAAGUGAUUGGGGUGGCUGUACUGGGCCGUGUGAAGCGGGAAUCCAGACCCGCACUGUUUGGUGUGCACGUGGUGGAAUAGACGGUGCAGAAGGCGCUGCUAGAGACUCCGAAUGUCCUAGUUUGCGACCUCCAGCGCGCCGCUCGUGUGUACCAGCAAGAUGUACAACAAGACCCGUUGUGAAACCAGCAAUCAUUAACCCCGUGACUACUGAUUCCCAAAAUCGUGUAACACGGCAUCAAAAUCCAAAUGUGCAAAAUGUUAAGCAACGCACGUACAGCGAUGGAGCGUGUGUGGAUAAGUUAAGCAACUGCGUGUUGGCGCGUGUGAAAAGGCGCCGUCAACGCGUCGGAGGGAUUCAGCAGCGGUGA